GCGAUAAAUUGGCGAUCCCUUAGCAACUUUAUCGUGGCGAUAAUAAUAUGUUAGCUUAGCCCCGACAAAAAAGUUUCGAACAACGUUUCGUUCUGUUCUGUUUUUUUUUUUUUCGCCUUAAUAGCUUUUCAAACCCCUGCAAAUCCUGUCAGCUCUGAAAAACCCUAAAUCCCCAAAUCGGAAAAUCCACUCUGAUUCACUCAAAAUAAAGGUAGAGAGUGAAAAUGGGUGAGGUGGGAGAAGAAGAAGUAGGUAAGAAGAAGAGGAGGAGUGCUAGAAUAUUGGAAUUGGAGGGGGAGAAGAAGAAGAAGAUCAAGGACAAAAAGGAGGUGAAGGAACAAGGAGAGGUAAGCACUAACAAACUCAAAGUGAAAUCCAAAUCAGAGGUUGAGGAGGGUCCUAAGCAAGACCAUGAGGAGCAUGAAGAAGAAGAGCAAGAGAAAACUGAGGAGGAGCAGAGUCCAAGUACAAGAGAAGCAGUAGAAGCGCCCACUGUUAAUGAAGAAACGCUUGAAGACGUGGACAUUGCUUUUGUUGCUUCCCCUUCACAACAGGACAUUAUGGGUGCAUCACGGCCAGACCAUACAGAUACUCAGUCUGAUCAGCAACCUACUGAUCCCUCCAUGCAUACACCCCUUCCUGCACAAUCAUCAGCACCUUCGGAGCUCUCAGUGGACACACUAACAAUAACAUCUGAAACUUCCGCCUCAAGCAGAAAGAAAGGAAGAGGACCUGCAAAAGGCUUGAAGCUGGCUAAGAGAGCACAAGAGAGUACUGAUGGGAAGUUGGACAUUGAGUUCUCAGACAAGUCUAAUUCAGCUGUGGGGCCAAAUCAGCGGAUGUUUGUGGAUGAGGUGGUACAACAGAUGAGAACGUAUGCACCGCUUAAUGUUAAGAAGUGGGCAGAAGUACCGCAGGAGGCAAAAGAUAACAUUGUUGCAGCCGUGUUGGGUAGGUGGAGAGUCCCAGAUACGCCCUUGCGAAGAGCCAGCAUAUUACAGUUGGCUAAUCGAAGAUAUCGGGGUUGGCGAGCAAAACUCUCCAAGGACUACAGUAAGUACGACAAUGAUGAGGAGCGCAGGCAGAACCGGCCCAAGGAGGUCACAGAGCGGCAAUGGGAGUCUCUUAUUGCAUACUUUGGUACCGAUGAUUUUAAGACCAUUAGUGAUAGAAAUAAAGAAAACCGAUCGAAGCAAAAGACAGGUAAAAUCACAGGAAGCAAGUCUUUUGCAGCUGUGAGUUAUGAUGCGCGGGACCCCCUGACUGGUCAGCAGCCUAGUGAAUACAGGACAUGGCUUCUGUGCCAUCGUCAUUCUGAUGGUACUUGGAGUGACGACAAUGCCAGACAGAUUUAUGAGCAAGUUAACGAGUUAAUUACUCAGAAGUCUGAACAAGAGGGGGUGCCACUAUUGUCAUCAACUGAGGAUGAAUUGUUUCAUUCAGUGAUUGGUUCUAGACCAGGCCAUGUACGGGGCCAGAGACAUGGGUCGAUCCCAGAGCAGAAAGAGGUGCUUGGUGAGGUUCAAAUGGAGCGUGAUGCACUUGAAGAGCAGCUCGGUGAGAUGAAGUUGAAGUUGCAGGAGGAAAGUGCAGCACGGACUGUGAUACAGGCACAACUGCAGGCAGAGAGUGCAGCACGGGCUGAGAUGGAGGCACGGUUGCAGGCAGAGAGUGCAGCAAGGACUGCUAUGGAGGCACGAUUGCGUGCAGAAUUUAUGGUUGCCCUCGAUAGCCUACGAUCUCAAGCCUCUACUAGCAGUAAACACAAUCAACAAUGAAGUAAAGAGACAUCAUAUCAAGAUCUGUUGCCAGAGGAGUCUCUCUGCUUCCCGUGCAUUUGGGCUUGAGGAAACUUCCACUACUCAAGCAUUAGAAUUUUUUAUUUUUUAUUUUUUUUUAAGUGGGUGAAACUUAGUACAGGUUUUCCAAUUAAAUUCCAACACAUGGCUAUUGAAUUUAGUUGUCUUGGUUGAGAUAACACUUUGUACUAAAUUAGUCAAUCAUGUUUUUGAAUUCAUUUUAAUUAUAGCAUUGCAAAAGCAAAAGGCGCAAAACUGAUGCUAUGCAUGGUCGCCUAGAUGAUAGAGCUAUAAUGUAGGCCUAUGACAAAGUUUUAUUAAUGCAGUAUAGAUGUUGUGUAAUCA